AUGGCUGAUCUCCGUAUUGCAUCUGUUCAAUUCGAAAACGCUCCUGGCGACAAGAUAGCCAACUUGGCCACCAUUCGCAAAUUAUCCGCCAAUGCCGCUUCGCAGGGAUGCAACGUCGUGGCUUUUCAUGAAUGCUCAAUCACGGGGUAUACCUUUGCCUCUAAAUUGACUCGCGAUGAGCUUAUCGAAGUGGCAGAGGAGGUGCCAUCCGGUCCCAGCACACAAGAACUAGUUGCCGUUGCCAAAGAUUAUGCUCUCACCGUGCUUGCGGGCUUAUUUGAAUACGAUAAGGCUCAAGAUACCAUUUACAACACCUACAUAUGCGUAAAUGGGGACGGCAUGGUUGCCAAGUUUCGCAAAAUCCAUCCAUUUAUAAGCAAACACUUGUCUCCAGGUAACGAAUUGGUCGUUUUCAACUUACUCGGCUGGAAGGCUGGUAUACUCAUCUGUUAUGACAACAAUGUCGUCGAAAACGUUCGUGGGACAGCAUUAUUGGGCGCAGAAAUCUUGUUCGCGCCACACGUUACCAUGUGCACGCCAUCAACUCGACCAGGAGCAGGUUUCGUUGAUCCAGUGUUAUGGCGAAACCGGGAUAAGGACCCGACAUCGCUACGGGCAGAGUUCGACGGUCUCAAGGGUCGGUCGUGGCUCAUGAAGUGGUUGCCUUCAAGAGCGUACGAUAAUGCCAUGUAUGUUGUGUUUAGCAAUCCAAUCGGUAUGGACGAUGACCAGCUCAAGAACGGCUGUUCUAUGAUCCUGGAUCCAUUUGGGGAUAUCAUGGACGAGUGUCGAGCUCUUGGGGAGGACAUGGCCAUCGCAGUGUGUACGCGGGACAAAUUGCAACUGGCUGGUGGCUUUCGGUAUAAAAAGGCACGUCGUCCUGAGCUAUACAGUCGUAUCAUUACGGCGGCAAAUGAGUCUCAGCUGAAAGUUGCCUGGAUGUAG